UCCGAUUAAAGAGGAAGAAGAGCGUGUUGUUUGUUUAGGUUUUCGCAGACAAAAUGGGGACUCUUUCCUCCUUUGUCUGUAUGUUGGGACUGUUUGUCCUGCUUGCGUGCACCUCAGCAUCUUCAGAUGUGUUCGAUAGCGUUUUGGGAAACACAGUAUCCUGCCAUAAGUCAUGUGAAAUGACAUACAGUUUGCACACGUAUCCAAGGGAAGAGGAACUCUAUGCCUGUCAGAGAGGCUGCCGUCUGUUCUCCAUUUGUCAGUUUGUUCGUGACAGCGAAGAUCUGAAUCAGACCAAAUCCGAGUGUGAAUCAACCUGUCAUGAAGCCUACACCCAUUCUGAUGAGCAGUAUGCAUGCAAUUUGGGCUGUCAGAAUCAGCUUCCAUUUGCUGAGCAACGUCAUGAGCAGUUGGAGGCCAUGAUGCCCAGGAUUCACCUGCUGUACCCACUGACUCUGGUCAGAGGGUUUUGGGAGGAUGUAAUGAGUCAGGCACACAGCUUCAUCACUUCCACAUGGACAUUCUACCUCCAGGCUGACGAUGGCAGAGUUGUCAUUUUCCAGACUGAACCACAAAUCAAGUUUUUUUCCCAAUUUAAAGUGGAAACCGAUGUUAAAGAGGAACCACAGAAGACCUUCCCUGGGUUAAACCCAGUUUACAAAGAAUACCAUCGCACUUUAAUCCAGGAGAGGGACAGAGAUAUGACCGGGGACCGCAGCUAUGAUGAGGACUAUAACCUCUUCAGCUGUCUUUCAAGAAACCCUUGGCUACCAGGUUGGAUCCUAACGACAACCCUGAUCCUGUCUGUGCUGGUCCUGAUCUGGAUCUGCUGUGCCACUGUGGCAACUGCUGUAGACCAAUAUGUACCUGCCGAGAAAUUGAGCAUCUAUGGUGACAGGGAGUAUGUAAAGGAAGAGAAACUGACUCCAUAUCCAGCAUCCUCCCUGAUAAUCAUUACCUCCAAAGGGCCAGAGGAAGAGGCCGGGCCGCUCCCUUCCAAAGUCAACCUGGGCCGGUCUGACAUCUAGAAACCAAGCUGUAGCAGAGAAAGAAAUUCCUCUUUUAGGAAUAAUAUUUAGUUGAUUUUUUUUUUUUUCCUCUGGCACAACACCUUUUUGCUUCUUAUGGUCUAAACAGGAGUAACUUCUUGCAAAACAUUUUGUAUUACUGAUAUGUCUCGUCUCCCUUUUGAUGCUUUUUAAAAUUGAAGUAAUGAAAAGGUAUUUUUUUGUAUAUUGGUAUAAUUGAGGCAUUAUAGUAUAAUGGCAAGUAAAAUAUGUUUUGGGAUUUUUCUUUCGACUAGCUCUUUGUUGGUGUGCUUAUUUUAUGGAAUAAUUGGUAAAGGAACUAUUAGUGAUUUGAAGUAAUACAGGUUUCAACCCAUACCCUUUGGUAAAUGUAGAUUGUGCUAAUAUUGCAGGCUCUCCUUGUUUGUUCUGUUUUUACUGCAGUGAUUUACAGCUGAUACUGGAUUUUACAAUAAAAUUAUUUGCCCUUAUCUUAAUUAAUAUUAAUUAUAUUAUAAUAACACAGUUAAGUCUUUCCUGGGUUGCUGUUUGUUCUCAUGAUGGAUCAGAAAUAAAUACAAUAGUCACGUUGACGUGCGUGUGACUUUCUUCAAUCAUAUACUAUAGUUAACUUUCAGUUUAUUUGUAAACAAAUUUUCAACACAAUGUAGCUGUAGGAUUCCAGUAACUAGUGCUGUAAUUUAAGAGAAAUUCAGAGAAGACCUUUUUAAAAAGUCAAACUACAGAUAUGGGUUCAAGGUUCUUUAUUAGUCAUCUGAACAAAAUCUUAGGCCUCAGGCACAUCCAACAACGCUCCAACUUUAAAAAGCAAACCCAAGCAAAAUCUGAAUCUAACACCAAAGGAAAAAGUAGUGCAAGUUAAAAUAGGUUAAAUAUGAAGUAUACUUGUUUAAGAAUUUGUUUUGCAAAUGUAUAUAUGCAUAAUGAGAAAUGUAUGUUUACAGAGGUGUAAACAGUCUUUAAAUAAAAGUGUAUUACAAAUAAA